GUUAGUCUGAUUAGUCAAAGGAGAGAUUUUCAAACCAUGGAUUCUUCUAAAACACAGAGAAGAAAAGUAGCUAUAAUUGGGGGAGGAUUGGUGGGUUCUCUAAAUGCUUCUUUCUUUGCAAGAAGGGGAUUCCAAGUAGAACUGUAUGAAGCAAGAUCAGAUAUCCGUAGUUCAAGUGUAACUCGUGGCAGGAGCAUUAAUUUGGCCUUGUCUCACAGGGGGCGGGAAGCUCUCAAGGCAGUUGGAAUGGAAGAUCAGAUUGUGUCUAAAGGCAUCCCCAUGAAGGGAAGGAGAAUUCAUACUCACUCAGGGAAAAGAUAUACAAUUUUUUAUGGAAUAAAGAGCCAGUAUAUUCUCUCGAUAGACAGAGCAAAUUUGAAUAAGGAGUUAUUGACUGCUGCUGAGAAGUAUCCCAAUGUUAAAUUAUACUUUGAGCACAAACUGCUUCACUGCAAUGUAGACUCAGGGCUACUGACCUUUUCAGGACCAGACCAAAUGACUAAAGAGAUCACCUGUGACUUAAUUGUGGGCUGUGAUGGAGCCUUUUCCACAGUUAGGAAGCAGUUUAUGAGACAAACACGGUUUGAUUACAGUCAAGUGUAUAUUCCACAUGGAUAUCUGGAACUGAAAAUUCCUCCAAAAAAUGGUGAUUUUGCCAUGGAGCCAAACUAUCUUCACAUUUGGCCUAGGAACACAUUCAUGAUGAUUGCACUGCCAAACCUGGAUAAAUCAUUCACCUGUACACUUUUCAUGCCCUUUGAUGAUUUUGAAAAGCUUGCCACAGGAGAGCAAGUGCUGAAUUUCUUCAAAACUUAUUUUCCAGACUCAGUUCCUCUAAUAGGAGAGCACGAACUGAUGCAAGAUUACUUUGUGCUACCAGCUCAGGCAAUGAUCUCUGUGAAAUGCUCAUCGUAUCACACUGGCUCUCAAUGUGUGCUAAUGGGAGAUGCUGCACAUGCUGUUGUACCCUUUUAUGGCCAAGGCAUGAAUGCUGGAUUUGAAGACUGUCUAGUCUUUGAUGAGCUGAUGGACCAGUUUCAAAAUGACCUCGGUGUUUGCCUUCCAAUGUUUUCAAAGCUGAGGGUACCUGACGAUCAUGCAAUUUCAGAUUUAGCCAUGUAUAAUUAUAUAGAGAUGCGGGAACGUGUGAAUUCAAGGUGGUUCAUUUUCCGAAAGCAUAUAGACAAUUGGCUUCAUGCCCUCCUGCCCUCUGUCAUCAUUCCUCUGUAUACUAUGGUAACAUUCUCCAGAAUCCGAUACCAUGAAGCUGUGCAACGAUGGAAAUGGCAAAAUAAGGUGAUCAAUAGAGGCCUCUUCCUCACCAUGGUAGCUGCAGCAGUGAGUGGCGUCUAUCUGUUCAGACAUGGAAAGUUAUCCAAAAUUGACUUUCGUGUAGAGAAUUUGUGGAGACAUACUUAAAAAUGGUGGAAAACUUUCAGAAAUCGUUUGAGAUAGAAAUGAAUA